AUGGUUGAUAAGGAAAUCUCGAAUGAGGAUAUCUAUGCCCUAUUGCAAUCUUUAGUAUCUCAAAAUAACGAAAUCAAACAAAAAAUGAGAAAUAUCAACUCAAGAAUUGAUGUAAUAACCGUCAGAGUAAAUGGAACAAACGAGCAAGUGGAAAAACUCGAGGAAGGAAAUAGGGAGCUCAAAAGUCUAAAUGAGGGUUUGGGAAGACAGGCAAAAAAAUAUAAUAUAGUGGUCUAUGGACUCCCCAAAACGAAAAAAGAUACACUAGAGGACGUUGAAUAUCUCAUUGAGACCCUAGAUAUGCUAGUAUCUUCAGACAUUGAAGUGAGAGACGCUUUUAGAAUUGGAAAAAAAGUGGAAGGUAAAAUUCGACCAAUAGUUGCACAAUUAACCACAUACCGAAUGAAAGCUGAUAUUUUAAUUAAAUCGAAGAGGAACGACAUACUUCAGAAAAAAGGAGUUUUCAUCUCAAACGAUUAUCCCAAAAAAAUUUACCAGCAGAGAAAAUGUCUCCAUUCCAAAUUGAAAGCUGCAAAAUCUCAGGGACACACGGCACAAAUAACAAAACACAAUAGUCUACAAAUAAAUAGAAAUAUAUUCUCUUACCAAGAGUUGGUAGACGAAGAAGAAGAAAAUCAACGAGAGAUCUCAUCUGCACCAGAAACACACAAGCCAAGUGAAGCCAAACGAAAAGAUAGAGAAAAAACACCAGAAGAAGCAAGAAAAUUAAAACCGAAAAUAUCCGCAGAGAUUCGCUCCUAA